GGUUCUGAGCAGCAGUUGGUUAUGCUAAACUUCACAUUUGUUAAUGUGAAGUGGUGGUUGGACCUGAUCCAUGUGUAUGAUGGCCCAAGUGACGAGUAUCCACUUUUGGACAUUCUGACUGGAAAUCGUAGAAAUGCUUUCAAUUCCAGCGGCAGAUACAUGACAGUCACUUUCUCCAGCUAUGAAAGCAUGGUUUACAAAGGGUUUCAUGCGGAAUGGAAUUUCCUGGAGAACCCAUCCUGCAGGUGUAACUGUGGCUACAACCUCAGUGUGUGCUCCUGCACCAGUGACUGUCGGGACAACAGAAACUGCUGCUAUGAUUAUGAUGAUUAUUGUUCCAGUUCAACAACAACACCAGUCUACUGUUUCACUACAACUGGUGCAGAGACAACAACACCAACAGAGUCUGGCACAACAGAAGAAACCACAACAACAACAACAGAAAAAGAAACAACAGCAGAAGAAACAACACCAGGUGGAGUGUCUGGCACAACAGAAGAAUUAACAACAGAAAAAACAACAGUAGAAACAACACCAGAUACUGAAACAACAAAAACUACAACAAGAAAAGAGACGGACACAACAACAACUACUACAAAGAAAAAAGAUGAAGACAAAAACAAUGAAAAAGAUCUUCAACCAAGUCAGGGGAAUUUUUCCUUCACUCUACCCAUCCUCCCCUUUCUACUUCUUCUCCCCCUUCUCCCUAUUUCCCCCUUUGCCUCCCUUGUCUCCGCUCUCUCCCUUCUGUUAAUUUUCACCGUUCCUUUCUUUAACCGUACUCCGACCCUCCCCACCUCAACGCUGGCUCUUACACCACCAAUCAAACCCACUCCCCUCAUGAUUACGUGGUCAAUGGAGAGGACAAACCCCGAGACACAAAAACCAGGUGGAGUUUCAAUUAUUGUAUAACAACAUAAUACACAGUAACUGAACUGAUUAUGCCAAAUUUAAAAGAAAACUUCAAUUACUCCAGUUAGAACAUUAAUUUAUAAUGUACUCACAUGUGAAAUGUAUUUUCUAAUUAAAGCAGUUUAAUAAUGAAGUAUUUUUCCUGCUAAUCACUGAUAAAGACUGUUUAGACUAGUU